AGAGGCGGAAGUGCCGCGGGGCCGCCUUCCCUGUCCCGGCUGCGGCCCCUGCCGGUUACAUAAUCUGUCGCGGGGGACCCCGCAGUCCCACGUCCGGCUUCCCGGCUCCCCCAGGAUGCGCUGAGCCUUGCGACACCGUCCGCUGCCGCCGGCUCCCGUCCGAGUUUGUUUCCGUGGCUGCGGCGGCGAGGGGCGCGGUGAGACGUCGGAAAUUGGCCUUUCUGGGGACCCUCAGCCAGUAAUCGCAGGAAUUGGGAGAUGGAAAGGCGGCAUCCUCUGGUUUUGCUGGAGAAGUGACGGCUCCUCCAUAUCCACGGCUCCUUUCCACCGCCUCCACCUCAGUUCAUCCUCUGCAGCAGGCAAGGCCAGGGCGUGGACUGUAUUGGAGCAGGCUCUGCGUUUGUGGUGUAAAGUGCUUUCAGGAUGCUGUGGUUAUAGAUAGUGUACACCACUCAAGAUUCAACCCAGGCUUUGUACUUGAUAGGCAAGCAUUCUGCUGACUCAGACAUUCUCAGCCUCCAUCCGGUGUGAAUGACAGAGGUGGUGCCUUCCAGCGCCCUCAGCGAGGUCAGCCUGCGCCUCCUCUGCCACGAUGACAUAGACACUGUGAAGCACCUGUGUGGCGACUGGUUCCCCAUUGAGUACCCAGACUCAUGGUAUCGUGAUAUCACAUCCAACAAGAAGUUCUUCUCCCUUGCUGCAACCUACAGAGGUGCCAUUGUGGGAAUGAUAGUAGCUGAAAUAAAGAAUAGGACCAAAAUACAUAAAGAGGAUGGGGAUAUUCUAGCCUCCAGCUUCUCUGUGGAUACCCAAGUUGCAUAUAUCCUCAGUCUGGGAGUGGUGAAAGAGUUCAGGAAACACGGCAUAGGUUCCCUUUUACUGGAAAGUUUAAAGGAUCAUAUUUCAACCACUGCCCAGGACCACUGCAAAGCCAUCUACCUGCAUGUUCUCACCACCAACAACACAGCAAUAAACUUCUAUGAAAACAGAGACUUUAGGCAGCAUCACUAUCUGCCCUAUUACUACUCCAUCCGAGGGGUCCUCAAAGAUGGCUUCACCUAUGUCCUCUACAUCAAUGGCGGCCACCCUCCCUGGACCAUCUUAGACUACAUCCAGCACCUGGGCUCAGCACUAGCCAACCUGAGCCCCUGCUCCAUCCCACACAGGAUCUACCGCCAGGCCCACAGCCUGCUCUGCAGCUUUCUGCCAUGGUCCAGCAUUUCCACCAAAGGUGGCCUAGAGUACAGCCGCACCAUGUAAAGCCAUUGGGGCAGCCUCCACCAGGCCUCUGUCCUCAGCACUUCGUGGGGCCUGUUUUCCUGUCUGUCUGACUUUUGCUGUCCUUUUUGAGGAGCUGGCGGCCACCUGCCGGCCCAUCAGCCUGCCCAGCUGCAGGCCCGGUGCUAUGCUGGCUCAGGAGCAGAAUGUGUACUGGUCGUCAACAGGCUCUCCUUCCACCUGGAGUCCUUGUCCUGCCCCCAUGCCCCGGCACCACCCAGUGGCCUGGCAGGUGGUCUACAUCCACGGGGAAAGAGCUCUCCGGGCUCCUCUGCCUCCUGCUCCUUCAGCUCCUUCCCACAAGAUGGACUGAACUUUGCUGAAAACGUGGACAUUUCUGACCCUGAAGACACAGGAACCUUAGAAUAAAGAGGCACGGCAAGGAGAAUGUCAGCUUUUGUUUAGGGAUGCCCUAAAGAAGCGUAGGUGGCGGCUGUCCUUACUCUCCGUGAAAGGCUGGCAACUGCAGAGAGAAAGAGGGGCUGGCCCUUCACAAGAUCAGUCCUCCGCAGAGACAGUUAGAUGGACGGGUCCCUGUUCCCAGUGUUCUACUGCCCACUUCUUCCUGUCCAGAAAGAUCAUCCUGCCUGUUGAAUCCUGGCAUGCUCCACAUAGCUGACCUACCCUGGGAGCUGGGCCGAGGACAGGUAGCUGUUGGCUUCUGGGUACCUUCCCUGCUUAUCCUUCUAGACGCUGAACUUUCGAGGCCUGGACCAGUGCAGACAGGAAGCUGAGCUCUAUGUUGGCGUCUCCGAGGCAGAGGCUCUGUCAGUCCCAUGGAUUGCGCCUGCAGCAGACAUCUCAAGUUUCCAGCAUCCCUUUCCUUGUGCCCCCGGGUGUUUCGCAGUCACAGUCCUGCCCAGAGUUGCUGCAGUGUUACAGGAGCCCUUCGGGCUGUCCUCACAGCCCCUCGUUGUGCCAGACUGAUGAAGAGCAGCUUUAUUGACAGCCUCAUAACUGAGGGCUUCCCUCCCUCAGCACCUCCUGGCUCAAGGCUCUCAGGCCUCAGAGAGGGAAGGGUCCCCACUAAGGAAGGCCAAGGCAGUAAAGUAUCCCCCUUCCUCAACAGAACUAGUCAGCAGGUGGCCAGUCCUGACUGGUUUUGGUUGUGUGCUGAGGCCCCAGCCCUGCAUCCUCUCCCUUUUCAGUCAGUGGUGAUCAUGUGAUUUUCAUUUCUGCCCUGUAUAGUUAAGGAAGAGUCUUCCAGAAGGUUCUGACUUGGACAUUCAUAAAUCCAUCUCAAAGGCCUCGACCUGUCUCCCUUCAGUCACAUAAUUAUUGCAGUGUCCAGCCUAGUGUUGAACAAAUCGUAGUGUGUAGUCUCAUUACAAAUAAAUACUUUGACUAGUCUCA